AUGACUGGAAAUUUGUUUGAAGAGUGGCUCACCGAUUUGAAUCAACAAAUGGAAAAGUCGAACCGGGAAAUCAUGUUACUUGUUGAUAAUGCCACUAGUCACAAUUGUACAAAAAUAUUGAGCCAUGUAACUGUGAAGUUCCUUCCACCUUAUCUAAUAUCGGAAGUUCAACCACUGGAUCAAGGAAUAAUACGAGCUGUUAAAGCUCGUUAUCGUAAAAAAAUGCUACAAUAUCUUAUCACCGUUGCUGAAGACAGCGAUACACGAUCUCAAUUUAUUAAAUCAAUUUCAGUCUUGCAUGCAGUUCGUUGGGUAAAUAAAAGAACAGAGGGAAUCGAUGAAGACGAAGAUGUAGGCUUAGCUGAGGUGAUAAAUUCUUUUUCACCUGAAAUUCUAAAUGACGUAAUCUCAGUUGAUGAGAUUAUUAACGCCGAUGAUGAGUUGUUUCUUAAUGAAGAAAUACCUACUGCACCUGACGAUAUUUUACUAUCAAUUUUGCAGCAAAAAGAACACUCUGAUGUCGAAUGUUAUGAUAGUGACAACGAUGAAACAGUGAACGACGACAGUACACCAGUUCCUACUCAUAAAGAAGCUCUACAAUAUAUAGGGCAACUGCUGAGGUACUCUUCCAGUCACCAGCCUUAG